AUGAACAGUGAUCAGUGUAUCCACGAUCUGCAAGGUCAUGCCAAAGAGAUCUAUACCAUCAAGUGGAGCCCUACAGGUCCCGGUACUGCCUAUCCCAACGCUCAGUUGUGGCUUGCUAGAACAUACGUCUAUACCCGAACCUCAACCCGGGGUUGGCGAUGUGAUAAAGAUGCUGUGCUUGCUAGUGCUGUGUGCAUACCCUCGUGA